UGAGACUACAUAUUGUGAGCAGCUCAGGAGGCUGGCCUCUUUACCAAAUCUGUAACAAAAUCCGUAUGGUUAGCAAGCCAACAUACCAACAGGAUAUACUUGGGUUUCCUAAAGAUACCUGAAAGAAGGCACACACUAGGCUUCAAAUAUGGCAAAUGACAGCACUGAAGAACCUCCAUCCAAGGUGACUUCAGAGGAUGAGGAACAUAUCUAUGAACAUAUUUAUGAAACUCUGGUAUCUUCUGACAAACCAGAGCUGAAUCACCAAAUGGCCAUGGAUGAGCUCAUCACUACAGAGGCUAACUAUGUGCACAACCUUCAGCUCUGCAUUUUUGAUAUCUGUGAUCACCUCCAGAAAAAACAGCUGCCUGAAAUUGACCUGGAAGGAUUGUUCUCUAAUAUAGAUGAUAUCCUGCAAGUUUCCAAACGUUUGUUGAAAGGACUUGAAGCUUCUGUGAACCAGGGGCAAGAACAACUUUUUCAUAUCAGCACUUUAUUCCAAGAGCUCAAAGCAGAAAUGGAGAAUGUCUAUAAAAUUUAUUGUGGGGACUAUGACCAAGCUCUUUUACUGUUGGAUAUUUAUAGUAAGGAGCCAAGAUUGCAAAAAGAAAUUAUAGAAACUUUGACUACCACUGUGCCUCACACUGGUGCUUCACACCUGAGUUUCUUCCUGGUGAUGCCAGUGCAACGAAUCACAAAAUACCCACUGUUGUUGCAGAAGAUUGUGGAAAACACUUCAGUCACUGACAGUGCCUAUGGAGCCCUGCAGGCUGCAGCCACAGCUAUGGCAGAUGUCAAUGCCAAUAUCAAUGAAUAUAAAAGGCGGAAGGAAAUAGCAGAUAAAUAUAACAAGGCUGGAUAUCUGACUCUGCGAGAACGACUGGCCCGUAUCAAUACCCACUCCAUUGCCAAGAAGACUGCACGGUUGAGCCGCCUCUUCAUGCAUGAAGCUGGGAUUGUGACCAAGACAGAGGAUAAGGAGUUUGAUAAACUGGAAGAAAAGUUUCAUUUAUUGGCAUCAGCUAUAACUGAUCUGAAAGAGAAUGUGGCCUGCUUUCUGGACAACACACAGAUGUUCCUUAGUUUCAAACCACAUGAGGAUGAAUUGGAUAUAGAAACAUACAUUAUCCAACCGUAUUGUUCUCUUGCAAAAAAGCUCCACAGCACCAUCUUUCCUGUCUAUCAGCAGAGGCUGGAGCACCUAGUAUAUAAGCCACUGUGCAACUUGUCAGAGACUUUGAGAGGACCCCAGAAACUGAUCAAGAAGCGAUCGGAUAAGCUGCUCGACUAUGAGGAAUAUGAGGAGAAGAAGAAUGAGACAGGCAGUGUGACCUACGAGGAAGAGGCUAUCAUGAAUGCCUAUCUUGGCAUUAACUCCUUGCUUGUAUCUGAGCUUCCUACAUUCAACCAGGUGGCUCUGAAGUGGCUGGCCUGUAUCCUGUGUUCUUUCGUGACUCUUCAGAGGGAUUUGGCCAAGCAAGUCCUCCAUGAGGCAGAAGGGGAGAUUUUCAAGCUGCCCCAUAAACAUCUCUCAACAACUGAAUUCUGGAAAAUGGUAACCAAUACUUUAAAACAGGCUGAAGAUCAGCUGUACUUGCUCCAGGAGAAGUUUGAUACCGUCUUGCCAAGCCCCGUUGUGCAGCCUCUUAGCUCUGCGGAGGAGAAGAAGGUCCAUUUGCUUCUGAACAAACAUGGCCCAGAUAAACUGUACCAGGUGACAAGCGACACUAGUGGCUGCAAAGACAUGGAUCUGCCUCUGCAGAGAGGGCAGAUAGUGGCUUUUUUGCAUGGCAUGGACUCCAAGGGCAACACAAACCGAUGGCUGGUUGAUUCAGGAGGUCCAAGAGGCUACGUUUCACCCGGAAAGCUCCAACGGUACCAUUAUGUCCCCAACUCAAAGCCCAGAACAACAACCUUGCCUAAGGGUGAUACUGCUGGGAAAAUGCAUCCUACUCACAACAUCCCCCAAACUCCCAAUCCCCCAGCGUACUUCAACACUCCAGUUUUACAGGUAAGUGCUGCUUAUCCCUUCACAGCCAGGAGCAACCAGGAAGUCAGUAUGCAAGCAGGCCAAUCAGUGACUGUGCUGGAACCCCAUGAUAAAAAGGGAAGCAACGAAUGGUUCUUAGUGGAAGUGAAUGGACAGAGGGGCUACGUACCUUCCAACCAUCUGAUCGUGUUACCUCCACAACCACCUGGAUGGGUUUCGCCCGUUUGGCCAUUUCCGGCUCAGUAAAUGCAAUUGUUAAGAGAUGCUUGGUUUAGAAGUCAGCUAUAUUUUCAUUGCCUCUCUCUUUCCAUUUCUUUCAUGACAUUCAAUGGGCAGAGAGGCUGACAAUGAGGCCAGGAGGCCUCUGGAAUAUUGUGAGUUUCAGAAAUUCAGAAUGAAUUUGUGCCAUAUUUAUUGAAGAAAAAUAUGAAGGAAUGUAGGUACAUAAGCUACUUAUAAUUGUGAUGGUAUUUCUUGAUCUAAGACUGACAAAGGAUCUUCCAAAUAUUGGAAAAGAAGGGUUCUUACAGUAAUCUAGAAUAAUUUCUGCACCAUUAGUAUUACAAAUAGUCCUCAUUCAGUGAUCUCAUUUGGGACCCUCAACUCAGUCAUUAAGUGAAGAGUUUGCUAAGUGAACCCACAACUGUGCUUACUAUCUUAAUUCAGCUUUCCUUUGCUUUACAAACCUGUAAAUGUUGCAAAGCUACUUUUGCAUUACCGUUAUAACUAUGAAUUGUAGCUAAAUGAGACAGUCACUAAAUGAGGACUACCUGUAUUUGAUCAAUGCAUGGUCUCAAACCAAAGAUUUCUGAAGGACACAUAUGUGUGUAGUGCAACAAGGGCUUAGAAGGGGAAUGUGUCUCUUCCUAAUUCAUUCCAGAAUACCCAUCUCAGUCAGUUAGCAACCCAUCAUGACAAAGAAGCUGUGAGCCAUAGGCUAGUUGAAGCUCCAUUCUUCUUUCACUGAUAUAAUGUCCUUUUGGUUUUAUGAUAGUGAAGAAACAGCUAAAGGAACCAGAUCAGCAUUUUCCAAUGAUCUAUGGUACAACUCCCAGAUUACUACUGUAAACCCAAUUGUUCUCUUCAGAAAUAUAUCAGUCUUAAUAACCUGAACAAAAUGGCUGUGGUGUGUUAUAGUGGGUAAAGUAUUGGACUAAGAACAGGGAGGAACUGGUUUUGAGUCUACCCUCAACCACAGAAACUCAGUGGCUGAUUUUCAGCCAGUUACUCUCUUGUAUCCAACUCACCUCGCAGGGUUUAUGCUAUUGGGAAAAAAAGAACAGUGCUAUGAAAGCCAUAUUUAGUUCCUAGAAAAAAGGUGGUACAAAAAUCUAAAAUAAAUAUUUGCAUUAAGUGGCCUUCAUUGAGGUGAGACAAUGCCUGUUCUCAUCAUUGGAGAGAAUGAGCCCUGGUGGCACAGUGGUUAAAGUGCAGUAUUGCAGGCAAACUCUGCCCAUAGCCUGGAGUUUGAUCUUGAUGGGGCUCAAAGUUGAUUCAGCCCUACAAGGUCGGUAAAAUGAAGACCCAGAUUGUUGGGGUCAAUAUGCAAAUAAUGCUUCUACCUUGUAAACUGCCCAGAGAGUAUUGUAAAUUAUGGGGUAGUAUAUAACCCUAUAAGCUCUUGCUGUAUCAGUUCAGAAAUGGUUAGAAAACUCUAGAAGACACUAUAUCUGAUUAGUGGAGAUUCCACCAUAUGAAGUAUUAAGCAUUGCUCUAACUUGCAUUAUGAAAAAUUGGAAGCAUGUUCAACUAAAUCAGUGCUUCUCAAAUAGUGGGGCGCGCCCUCCAGGGGGGGUGCGAGGCUCCGUAAAGGGGGGCGCGUUUGACCUCGGCAAACACUGUCAUAACACGCUAAUGAUACUAUUUACAGUCGCUCGGGGGGGCGCGAAAAAUGUUUUCUUCUUCCUAAGGGGGCAUGACAGAAAAUAAUUGAGAAGCACUGAACUAAAUUAAUAUUGGAGAGCAAAGAAAAAUGGAAAGAGUUAUCUCUUGGCAUGAAGUGGAUGUUACCAACUUUCAGGUAGAAAUAUGAAAUAGCAAAAUAUUGCUAGAGUUGUGAAAGAAGUAAACUGAUAGGUAAACAGAAAGCUAAAUUUGUAUGCACAAACAAUAUAUGACAAAAACAAAAAACCUUUUCUCCAAAAAGAGGAAGAAAAUAUGCAUAUGAAAAAUAUUCUGAGGCCCUUCUAAAGACAAUGAAAAAGAUGAUAUACACUGCAGGGUGUGUCAUUUUAUGGGGUGAAAAUUAAUUUUUGCAAUUUUUUUCAGUGAGGGGUUCUAAAAAUAUAUGUUUUUACACCAAGAAUUCAAAUCUGCUGUUAUUUUUGCAAUUGCACAACAUUUAGCUUGGUAUGGUAAAUCCAUGUCUAAUCAUAUACCCCACAAAUACUGUUACCUUUAUUUUCUCAAAAUUACACCUUGUGCUACAAAACCAAAAGGUUUUUUCCUGCAUGAAUCUUAUCUAGAUAAGCAAAAAAUAAUUCAUGUAAUCAUAAACUAACAGCAGAAAGCAAUUACCCGAGUUACCAAAAUGUUUAAGCGACUUUCACCAAGUCUUGUGUUGAUUUGUUCCUUGACAUCAGCCGCCAUGUUUCUUGGCCUCUGAUAUAACCCUCAUGUUUCUUAUGUGUACACACUCUGUUUUCUGCCUCUGUGGCCUGUUUCAUACAUCCCUCUGUUGAUUGAGCAUGAAAGGGCCACUAUGGUUACUUGCAUGGGUUCGUCAAUGAACUUAUUUUCUUUCCACUGUAAACAGUUUGCAUGUCAAAGGUGGCUCAUAUACACCUUCAGACCAGUGGUGAGUUUCAAAUUUUUUUACUAACGGUUCUGUGGGUGUGGCUUGGUGGGCAUGGCUUGGUGGGCAUGGCUGGGGAAGGAUACUUUAAAAUCUCCAUUGCCACCCCACUCCAGGGGAAGGAUACUGUAAAAUUAGUAUUUCAGCUGGGACUCGGGAGGCAGAGAAUAGAUGGGGGCAGGGCCAGUCAUAAUUUCUACUACCGGUUCUCCAGAACUGGUCAGAACCUGCUGAAACCCACCUCCGCUUCAGACCAGUGAAUCAGAUCCAGCAGAGUGGAUGCUGUGGCUUGACCUCUAUCCAGUGCAUGGCACCAUCUUCACAGCCAGUAUUAACAUUUGUAGAAUCUCCUCCAAUGGCCUUCAAGCUUUUGUCAAUGCUUUUCUUCUUCAUGAAAUAUACCAGAUUAUCUGCAAACACCUAAGCAGGUUUCCUGUUUUUGAGCCUUUCUCAGGAGUGAAAUGAUAAAGAUAUCUUCCACCUGGCUCACUACACACAGAAUAAUGCUCUUCUUUGAUGGUACUGGGUAAUUGCUGGUUUGAAUUGUUUGCUGGGGAAUUGCUGGUCUGAAAAGGUAUGAUAUUUAUCUAGUUAUUUACCAAAUGCAUCUAAAUUAUAUUAAAGUAACCAAAAUAGCUUCACAAUCCCCAAGGCAUGUCACAACCUUUGAGCACCCCUUAUGUUUGAAAAUUGAAAGUUGAAAAAUUUUGUUGGAAGAAAUGUCCAUCUGGGUUCAGUUCCAAAUGGGGAGAAAGACACUGGAAACAUGGAGACUGCUUGAAAAGAUGGUUUAACGGUGAACAGGACCAAGUGGAGGUCCUGGACAAAAAGGCACAUGGGUGAGAGAGAGAGGGAAAAAAAAGAUUUAUACUCUCUAUUGGGCUUUGAAUUUGAGCUUGUAUUCUGAUUGGUUGUCAGACUCCCAUGGGGUCAUGCAGGGAUAACUUUGUAGGUUGUCUUUUGAGUCCCAGGCUUGGUUGAACCUUGCUGGGUAAUGCAAUCUCCCUAGGUGCCAUGUGGUGAGUUCUGUUGCUAGAUGGGUAGAGGGCUAAUCCUAUCUUUGUUGGAUCUUGGAUGAGGGCAUUUGCUUAUGAAUAGACCUAGCUAUCUCUUUAUCUUAAGUGCUGAGUAUGCUGUGGGCUAUUGAGAGUGUGGGGGCUAUUAAGAGUGAAUCUGCUUCCUGCUAAAAAACAUGUUUCUCCAUUUCUCAUCCAGGGAGGUAUAAUAUUCUGCCUUUUUAAUAUUUCCUAGAAUAUUUCAUUUUUCUAGGAGAGGGAUGGGUACUUAAUUUGCUUAAAAUUAAGGGUGCUUCCUUAAUUUGACAUGCCCUAAUUAAUACACAGAAACGUAUUGUCAAUAAAUACUUCCUUAUUAAAAUAUUCCCUCCCCCUUCAAAAAUUAUACUCUAAAAAUAAGGAGAAGAAUUGCAACUCCAGAGAUCGAUUUUCAGUAAAAUCGGAAUGUACAAUAAAGGGGACUUGAGCCUGUGAGAUUAACAUGAGGCAUAAUGCAAUUUUUCACUGCCCUCCAUCAGAGACGAUGCUUAUCUUCCCACAUCCAUGUACCUGUAAUGACAUCAAAUUACUUUUAGAAUCAGCAUGGAAAACGAAUGCAUAAACUGAUCUGAAGGCUCAGGAUGAUGUGAAAUAUUAAACUUUUAAUGCUUCUGGGCGCAACUGAUAAGACAGCUUGCAGUGUUUAGAAAUGUAACUUGAAUCUCUUCAAGUGGUGGCUCCUGAAAAAUGCAUGGGUUUGCUCUUUGACAUACAACAUUUUACGUGAGAUGGAGAAUGAAACGAAGGGGUAACAUUGUGUUUUAACUGACUCUUAACGCAAACCAUAUCUCUCUGGAUUUUGUCAUUGUACAUCCCAAUGCAGACACAGUAGACUCUUCGUAAUGUGAGAGGUUUGUAGGAUAAAGGCCAAGAAGCGACCUUAUAACCUAGUGGUGAAAUCCAAAUUUUUUUACUACCGGUUCUGUGGGCGUGGCUUGGUGGGCAUGGCUUGUGGGCGUGGCAGGGAAGCAAAAUCUCCAUUCCCACCCCACUCUGGGGCCAGCCAGAGGUGGUAUUUGCUGGUUUUCCGAACUACUCAAAAUUUCUGCUACUGUUUCUCCAGAACUUAUCAGAACCUGCUGGAUGUCACCCCAUUAUAACCCCAAAUCCCCUUUCCUUGUUUGUUUGUUUGUUUUAAAUACUGUAGUAUUUAAAUCUUCUAAAUAGCUGCUGCUUUGUUUGUUAACUAUGCAACAAGUAAGGUUGUUUGGGCCAAUUCUCAACUUUAGAGUUAAUAACCUGAACUAUUGUAGCUGAUGUGCUUACAUGGGUGAGAAAUGGCCUUGUAUACAUUUUGUAAUCUGUGGAAUCUUCCUAUGGCAUUGUUAGAUUCAUUUCCUACCAAAAUUAACUGUCUAAACUGCUGUGAACUUUGUCUUAAGGUCCAAAAAUUGCACAUUAAAAAGAAUGAGACCAGAAAUAUCAGGCUCUUUAUAUUUAUAACAAUGGUAUAUUUGCAUUACAUUAACUGUGAAAGAAACAAACAGUAUUGAUUCUCUGCUUAAAGAUGCUUUAAAGGUGUCAGUGCAUGUUUCUUGUCUGAAUAUGUGUCUUCUUACUUUUUAUUGUUACACAGCUCUUUUACCACCAGAUGGCUUACUUCCCCCAUUUGUUUCUUAAGCAUACCAGGCAACAUUGGAACUGGCAAUCUAUCCCUUUAUGUUUCAAAUAGAAAGGACUAGAUUCUUGGCAUUAAAAGCAACAGUUAAUAUUUACUGCCUUGUUUCCCAAUGCUGGCCUUCAUGACUAAUCGUUCUAGUACAUUGCUUUUCAGAAUAGUUUGAACAGUUGGCAAUGGUAUCUUAUUUGUUUACACUGGAAGACUGAAGAUACAAUCAUACCUUUCACAAUUUCAUGCCCUCUACAUGGAUUGGACUACAGUUCAUAUAUAUACGUGUGUGUGUAUACAUAUCUAUCUAUCCAUCCAUCUAUCUAUCUAUCUAUCUAUCUAUCUAUCUAUCUAUCUAUCUAUCUAUCUAUCUCUAUCUCUAUCUAUCUUAUCUCUAUCUAAUCUAAUAUUUAUAUAUAUAUAUAUAUAUAUAUGUAUAUGUAAAUAUGUGUAUAUGUAUGUGUGUGUAUAUAUAUAUAUAUAUAUGUAUAUGUGUAUAUGUGUAUAUAUAUAUAUAUAUAUAUAUACAUAUCUACAGUAUAUGGAUGUGUGUCUGUAUUCCUUUGAGAAUGGGCAUCAGAAUUUUAUUUUAAUGUGACAAGAAAAGAGAAAAGUGAUAAUAAAUCUUCUCUUCUCUUCUCUUCUCUUCUCUUCUCUUCUCUUCCCUUCCCUUCCCUUCCCUUCCCUUCCCUUCCCUUC